AUGGUCGAACAUAAUUCCGAUGGAUUAUUUUCAUGUAAAUUAUGUCCUGAAGAAACAAAAAAAUCAUUCUGUAUAGCAAAUUGUAUUGGAUGUAAAGAUUUAUUUUGUUUUGUUCAUUUAAUUCAACAUCGUCAAGAAUUAUCAAAUGAAUUCGAUGAAUUAAUUAAACAACAUCAAGCUACGAAUGAAAUAUCAAUGAGCAAAUUAAAAAUAAAUGAACAUUUGGAAUAUAUUGAUAAAUGGGAAUAUGAAAUAAUUGAAUUAAUACAUCAACAUACAAAAGAUGUUAAAGAAAAAAUUCUAUGUAUAUUUAAUGUAUAUAAAUCUGAAUUAAAACGACGUCAUACAAAUCUUGGAAAAGAACUUAAUGAUAAACGAAAUUUAAAUGCAUUUAUUGAAAGUGAUCUUAAAGAAUUAUCACGACAAAUGGAACAAUUAGAUAAAGAUAUUCAAAAUAUUAAUAAAGUAUUAAAUCAAGUAAGUAUCAAUGAAUUAAAUCAGAUAGUCAACAAAUACAAUCAAUCAGUAAAUACUAUAGAAAAAUCAAUAAAAUGGAACUAUUUACGUGACAUAAAACUGGAUUCGACAUAUGGUUAUAUGGCAGCUAACGAUCAACAAAUAUUUCUUGGUUGGAAAAAUCGUAUUGUUAUUUAUAAUAUUGAUGGUACAAAACAUGAUGAAACACGUUUACAAUCAGUUGAAACAUAUGGUGAAUUAUGUGAUUUAAUAUAUUCAUCAACAAUGGAAUGUUUUUUUAUUUUAUGUCGAAAAUCCUUAUUUGUUCAUCAUCCAUUAAGUAAUCAAAUUGAACUUUUACCAUAUAUAACAUUAAUUAAUCAUAAUAAUCAUUAUAUAUCAAUAACAACAAAUAACAAUAAAUUAUUGUUAUUAAAUGAAGAAUCUCUUGAUGUAUGGAGAUUAAAUAAUAAAAUAUUUUUAUUAGAUUAUUCAAUAUUAAUAAAAUUGAUUAUUAAAAAUCAAUUAGAUGAAAAUAUUUGUUGUAUACGUACAAAUGAACAAAAUUUAGCUAUACUUAUACAAAAUAAUAAAACACAUACAUGGCGUUUAGAUUUAUUUAAUAUAUAUCCAUUUCAAUGUAUUCAUAUGGGUACUUCAUUUGAUUAUUUUAAUCAACCAAAUCUUGGUUUAUUUAUGCCAUUAGAUAAUAAAAUUUAUCUAUUUAUGAAUUGGGAAACAAAAUUAAUGCGAAUGAUAGAUUCGAAUAGUUUGAAUCAAAUUAUUGAUUAUAAUGCAUUUAAUGCAUGUUUAUUAGGUACUCAACAUAAACUUAUUAUGAGUACAACUAAUAAUAAUAAUAAACGUGUUAAUCAUUUAGUUGUCGAUUCAAGUGCAUUCAUUAGACAAGCACCAUUACAUAAUUUGACUGAUGUUGUUUAUACGGUCGAAGAUGUUGUCAACGAAAUACGUGAUAUUAAAACACGUGAAUCACUCAAUGUAGUUCUUUAUACAUUGAAAUUUAAAGAACCAAGUGUUGAUGCAAUCCGUUUUGUAACAAAUUAUGCAAAGAAAACAGGUGAUUAUGCAUUUUUAUCAGCAGUUGAUCUUCGAUUAUUAGCAUUAACUUAUCAACUUUAUCAAGAAAUAGUUGGUACAGAAAAUUUAAAUUUAGAACCGAAAAUAAAUACUACUAUACCCAAUUCAUCAGUAUCAUUUGGUAAUGCUGGUGUCAAAUUAGCUGGUUUUAUUUUUCCAAAGAAUGAAGAAAAAAAUGAUGAUCAAAAUUCGGACAAACCAACAACAGAAAAUCAAAUUGAAAAAGAAGAUGAAAUAAUAGAAAAUAAUAAUGAAGAAGAAGAAGAAGAUAAUGAUGAUGACGAUGUUCAAUCAUUUGUUACAGCAGUUGAAAAUGAAAAUGAUAUUACAGAAUCAAUAAAUGAUCUUCAUCUUGGUCAUGAUGAUGAUGGUUGGAUAACUCCAUCAAAUAUUAAAACUGUCAAAUCAAAAGCUUUAGACAAUGGAACAUCAGAAAAUAGUGAAACAAUACAGGAAACUCUACCUGUUGCUUGUAUUACUACUGAUUUUUCGAUGCAGAAUGUUCUCAUUCAAAUGGGUAUUCCUGUUCUUUCUGUUGAUGGUCUUCUCAUUCGAACAGCUCGUAGUUAUGUAUUAAAAUGUCGUGUUUGUCCAGGUGUUACUCGUCAAAUGACUAAACAAUUCUGUCCUGAAUGCGGUAAUCCAUCUCUACAACGUGCCAGUGUUAGUAUUGAUUCAUCCGGUCAACGGCAUUAUUAUUUAACUGGUCGUUAUCGACAAAAACCUCGUCAAUCAUUACCAUUGCCUCGUGGUGGUAAACAUUCAAAUAAUCCAAUACGUGUCGAAGGUCAACCACGACCACAAAAUCGACCAACAAAAAAAUCAUUGAUGAAACGAAAUGUACUCGAUGAUGAUUAUCUUGCUGGUUCUUCACCAUUUGGUGUUCACGAUAUUUAUAGUCGUGCAGCAACACUCGGUAUUAAACCAACAAGACGAUAA